AUGAAACGUGUGCUGCAAGUGGUGGUGGUUGAUGUUUACCAUCCUGGACGGUCUUCAGUGCCCAAGACGGAAAUCCGCGAGAAGCUAGCCAAGAUGUAUAAAACAACACCUGAUGUCAUUUUCUGCUUUGGGUUCCGCACCAACUUUGGUGGUGGAAAGUCCACCGGCUUUGCCCUCGUCUAUGACACCCUGGACUUUGCCAAGAAGUUUGAGCCCAAGCAUCGACUUGCCCGGCAAGGGCUCCUAGAGCGACAGAAGCAGGGCCGAAAGCAGAGGAAAGAGAGGAAAAACAGGAUGAAGAAGGUGCGAGGCACCAAGAAGUCCAAGGUUGCUGCAGCCGCUCAGAAGAAGGAUACUGAGUUCGAGGAGGUGGAGGGAGAGCUACCAGGAUACGUGAUGAGGAAUGCCUAA